AUUCUCAAGUUAUUCAGGAGACAGGGGAUCACUCACACUGGUGUGUGGUGGCAUACUGGGAAGAGAAGAUGCGUGUGGGUCGGCUGUACUCUGUCCAAGAGCCCUCCUUGGAUAUCUUCUAUGAUCUACCUCAGGGGAAUGGCUUCUGCCUUGGGCAGCUCAACUCGGACAACAAAAGCCAGCUGGUGCAGAAGGUGCGCAGCAAGAUCGGGUACGGCAUCCAGCUCACCAAGGAGGUGGAUGGCGUGUGGGUCUACAACCGCAGCAGCUACCCCAUCUUCAUCAAGUCGGCCACACUGGACAACCCCAACUCCAGGACAUUGCUGGUGCACAAAGUGUUCCCGGGUUUUUCCAUCAAGGCUUUCGAUUACGAGAAGGCACACAGCCUGCAGAGGCCAAAUGACCAUGAGUUCAUGCAGCAGCCACGGACUGGAUUUACCAUGCAGAUCAGCUUUGUGAAGGGCUGGGGCCAAUGCUAUACCAGGCAGUUCAUCAGCAGCUGCCCUUGCUGGUUGGAAGUUAUUUUUAAUGAUCGAUGACAUGAGACGGAGCAGACUCAUAAUAUUUAUACUACUUUGCUGUUAUUACUUCCAUCUGAGUGCUUGCUUUUCAUGCAACCUUUUUGUUCUUGUUUAGUUUGUUGUCAUUUCCCAUUUUAAGAAAUAGCUUAUGGAAAGAUUUUCAUCCAGAUAUUUUGAUAAAUAGAUCUAUUUUUUAAAGUGUGAACGACCAGUAACUCAGAAGGACAAGUAAAGGGUGGAGCGGGAGCAGACCGCAUACAAUAACCAUUUCCCACUUCCAAAAGGAUUAUCCUAUGUGACGAAUGGGUUGGGAGCCACUUGCUCUUGGGUAGCAUGAUAGGAUCCCCUUAUUUUUCACACUCUCCAAUCCCAGUGCUGGUGGCACCCAACCAGCACCCCUCCCCAGCAGUGCUAAUCCAAUGUAGCUACCACCAAUGGUGCACAAACUUCCCACCAGGUCUUAUCCCACCCGUGUAGUUUUUGUCAUUGAGUUUUGUCAUUGGGUCAUGGUUGUUGGGUUUGCGUCUUGUCCCUGUGUCUAUCCUGUACGCUGUCCAUCCAUACACUCAUCUUUCCACCAUUUUCUCAUCAUGGAUUGGUACAAGGGGAGAAAACACUGGUGAAGAAACCAUGCAUGGCUCAUGUUUUGCAGUUGGAGCUGAGAUACAACAUGACAUAAGCCUGAAAAAAAACCAACCCACAAAGCAAAACAAAAUAAAAACAAAUGGGGAAGAAAAAGUGUUGAGGAUAGUUGAGUCUGUCAGAACCUGUUGACUUAAGUUAUGCUGGUACAAUUGUAUCUGGAGAUGCCAUUAUGCUUUCAUUUCUUCUUGAAUUCAUACACACGUAUGAUACUUUUACAUUGUUCUUAGCUCAAUGAGCAUGUUUAAAACUUAACAUAAGCUAUUUUUCUAAAUACAAAGGUUUAAAUGAACAAGAGAGCAUUCACAUCAGAACUUUGGCAUUGUAGUGCUUUGGAAAGAAAACACAGAAAAGGAUUCCUUAAAAAAACCCUGAGAUUUAUUAAAGAAAAAAUGUAUUUUAUGUUACAUAUAAAUAUAUUAUUACUUGUAAAUACAAAGACAUUUUAUAAGCAUCAUUAUUUAUGUAACGUGCAAUGUGUAUAAAUGAGAAAAAUAAGAAAAGAUGCACUUUGCUUUAAUAUAAAUGCUAAUAACAUACGCCAAAUUUAAAAAAAAAACAAAAAACAUGAGAUUGGUGUUUUUUUCUGUGAGUGUUCUCAUCCAGAUGAAUAUGUUUGUUUUUUUUUUUCUAAAGGAAUUUAUGUUCCAUUAAAAUAUAAAAAUAUACACUUGACCCAUGGAGCAGAGUGGCUUUGUUAGAGGUGGGGAGGAGCUGCAGGAAGGGUGUUCCUGUUGCUUGUCAUGUCAGCUUGAGCAGACUGCCAUGGCAGCAGCCCAGCGCUCAUCCUAUACCUAAAAAACAAUGGCUCUGAGGCCAAUGUGUGAUCUGGGCUGGCCCACCGCUUUGACUGGUACUCCAUGUCACAUCCAACAUCCACAUGUCCUCAGCAGAAGAGAAGUCCCUACAGCUGGUUGAACUCUUACCUUGGGUGAAGGCAAACCUUUCUGCAUGAAAACCACCAGCUCUGUGGAGCUUGGAGGCUUUGGAGGGGUGCAGCAUCUGUGUCUUGGACCCUACUGGCCUUCACAAGGUGGAUGGAUGUGGUGGUGGAUUAGUCUUUGUGAGCAUCAGAACCAGGUUCAACCGACACUGUGCCUUUCUGUUCAACAUGCCCUACCCAAAGGGAUUUAUUGAGAUACAAUAUUUGAUCUGCUCUGAAUGGACUGUGCCUUCAGCUAGAUUCCUUUCAAAGGCUUCAAAAUGGCUUUGGAUAACGUGUGAUGGAUGUACUCACCUGUCUUGCUUGGUGUGCCCAAGAGGGCAGACAUUGGGGUGACUGCCUACAGUUCAAUUUACCUAAUUUCCUUUCCAUUCUGUUCCAGAACACUUGAAAUACUCAAUAACCUCAGCACAUCUCUAUGGUCCAGUGGUCAACCAGCGACAACAGUUAGUGUGGGAGGCUCAAGGAGUGCUCCAGUCUGUUCUGUGGUAUCAAUUUGGGAAUUUGGGAUGACUGAAAUCAGUCCAUUCUGGUUAACCAUAAUCUCGCUAUGUACUGAGGUUCCAGCAAAACUGGCACUAAAUCAUCUGAAGAUAUCCUGCAUCCCAGUCAAUUAUGGCACAAUUGCAUCUUUUUUUUUCAACUGUUGCUGAGUGGUAAUAGAAGAGUGCAAUAAAGUAGGGUCAAAGCGUGUCACUUUUUUUUUGAUAAAUCAUAUGUGAAAUCUGCUCAAACUGUCAACUGCUGAUCAAAGAUAGUGCCUGUGAUGGGUGAUGUAGGACAGAGUUUCCCUCUACUCCACCGUCGUGAGAUUAUUGGAUCAAGUGGUUUCCAUAGGGCAGAAAUAAUCCCUACUUUACUUGGGUGAUUCUCUGCAUGGGACUCAUUCUCUAUCCGUCCCAAGGACCCCAAGGAAUCAGUGGGCUCGUCUUGCAGUUUCUUAGCAAGUCCAGUGGGUGAAGGGACUCAUGGAGAUGUCAGGGCAAUGGAGUAUUUACAGAAUGGCAGCUCCACACAUUACAAGACCUUAGGAGAAUAUUUGCUUUGUGCUGUACUUUGUACCCAGUGUUCACCAGUGGAAAGUAGCACUGGUGAAGCAUAACCUUAAUCUGAAAACAUUAACUCAGCCACAUUUAAGUAUGUACACAUCUGAGUUUGCAGGAAAGCAAAAGUGAGGAAGAACCAGCUUAAGGUGAAUUAAUAAAAAACACCUGCAUGUUUCCUGCAUGUGGAAACAGCAUUUUUUUUGUGUUUUCUACAUGCGUUUAAAUAUAUGUCAUGUUUGGAGACAGAGCCUUGGUACCACCAGGUCAUGUGAUGCUACCUGUCUAGGUCCUAGUGGAAUACAGACACCUGGGCACACACACAUUGGCCCAGUUCAGUGGAGAGACAAACCUAGGCAUGAUAGUGACCUUAAAAAUCAUAGAACUGUAGAACCAUAGAAUGGUUGGGAGGGACCUUAAAGAUCAUCCAGUUCUAACCUCUGCCAUGGGCAAGGUUGCACCUGGGGCAGAGAGAUUGGAGGAAGAGGUGACAUGGUUUUAUGAUUUUUUGGUAAUAACCACAUCAAUGGUUUACGGGCUGGUUCGUCCCGGUUCCAUGACUAGUGGGGAAGAGGGAUUUGCAAAUCCACGCCUCCAGAA